CUAUAUCAGCCCUUGCUCCCUAAAUUCACAGUAAAGGUAAUACCUAAGCCACCAUGUUUAAACAUGAGAGCUGCAGCUUUAUCAAAAAGAAAAAGAAAAAAAACUGCCUCGUUGUGUAUAUUAGCCAGCGAAAGCCACGGACUCAGAAAUACAUGUUUGUAUCACACGUGUUGUGGGAAUAGUAAAUUGUACACAAGAAGCAGAUCCAGCAGACUUUCCAUGUACUUUCAGAAGAACAUCUUCAAUCCCAAUCACGUCUUCUUCUUCUUCUUCUCCUCCGCCAUCACUACAAGGGGGAAACUCUCUCUAGUCGGACCGGUAUUACCUCCUUAA